UAUGUUUUGGAUAUUGUAGCUUGCCAAAUGGUUCUCUUAAGGAGAUCACCAAAGUAUAUGCUCUGCAUGCUGUGUACGACAAUCCUUAUGAUGUCCCUAAAGAUGUAAUAUGAAAAGCUUUUUAUUCUUAACAUGAUCUCUUUAGUGUUCUCUAUUAGCUGUAGCCUUUUGAUUAUAAAUGCUUUGCUUAGUGAGGAAAUCAAGUCCUAUCAUAUAUAAAGUGUUUAAUCUUUAUUUUUAAAUAGAAAUCUACAUGCUUAUCAGUUAUUUAGUGUAGGUUUGUGUCUGUCAAAGAUGUUGGAGCAUUUUCCCAUGUUCUAAGUUUUGGUCAUCAAUGCAUGUGUGUAUAAUUGAUAAAAUAAAAAUGCGUGCUUGUAUGUUCAGGUGCCAUUUAUUACUAUCUUAUGGUGCAUGCAGACUUACAUGUUUAAGUAUGAUAGUGUCCAUGGGCAAUAGAAGAUCAUGAGCUCAAGGUGAAGGACUCCAAGACCCUUCUUUGGUGAGAAACCAGCUAAUGUCUUUAGUGUCAGGUCAUGUUGCUGAUGACAUGUUCGACUGGUAAGCAACAAUUAUGGGACCAGCAGAUAGCCCCUUUGCGGGUGGUGUAUUUUUGGUAACCAUUCGCUUUCGACCAGAUUACCCCUUCAAGCCACCCAAGGUGGGUCACACCAUGAUGAUCAUUUGGUAUGAAAAUGAGGCCAAUGCAUUCCAUUUCUGCUCCAAAUUUUGAUGUUCUUCUCAAGGUACCAGGUAUUUUUGGGCCUCAAACAAUACUUUGUUUCUUCAAAUGUGGGUGCUGGAAAGAUGCAAUGGUAUGCCUUUAAUAAAGAGCCAUCGGGUGGUGUUGAUUUUCCCAAUGAUAGUCUGUGGCUACCAUGCUCUGCCUUUGCCAUCACGUGGAGCUGAAAUAGUCUUUCAACCUUUAGAUAAUUUGCAGCGAAUUAGGUAUACCCGACCUAGGCUAUCUGCUUUGGGCUUAUGUGGAAGUUACUCUGAAGUAUCCGGUUGUUCUUUAGAAACUGCUGAGGUUUUGACAGCAUAUCUAAAUCUUAAGCAGACCACACUGAAGGAAACAAUGAUAAUGGGUCUGAACCCUCCUUUCAAAGUCAAAGCAGGCCUUGCAAACAAGUUCAUAGACAAGGCUCUCGAGUUCAAACCAAAUCUUCUCAUUCUUAUCAUUCCAAAAGAAACAGAAAGGCUAGAUGAGAAGCAAUCACCAUAUGAUCUUCUUUGGGAGGAUGGCUAAAAACUCUCUAGCAAGGUUGGAUGCAGUAGACAACACGUUUAUUUUAUACUCACUAAUGAUUUCAUCAAGUAGAAGUAUUCCGCCAAUAACUCUCCUCCAUCUAAUGAUCGUAGUUGCAUGAUUUGCCUCCACUAAAUAUGAGUUAUUGGUUACAAUUGUCCAUUUCUUGUUGGACCAAAGUGAUCAUCUAAUAUGGAAAAUAUUAUUGGCCCCACCAUAUUAUUCAACAUCACAUAACCCCCUUUUAUAUUGUAUUAACCACAUGCGAUAUUAAUAGUACCGGCUGAAACCAUUAAUAUUGCAUGUGGAUCAGCUGAUAUCAAUAUGUUGGUCGUUUAUGCUUCUUUUCUUCUUUUCUUUUCUUUACGAAGUGCCACUUUAUCUUACCAAGUUACCACUACGCGUUCUAUUAUAUUUCUUCUAAAUUAAUAGUGAGUUAGAAAUUAUGAUAAUUAGUUUAGAGGAGGACAACAACUAAACUUAAUGAAUAGGCGUUGUGCAGGACUACAGAAUUGAUGUAAUCCUUACUGACUAUUGUAUGCCAAAAAUGAGCAGCCAUGACCUUCUUAAGGUUGUGAAGGAGAACAAAUGCUUGAAAUCUAUUCCUGUUGUGGUAAUGCCAUCCAAUAAAGAGCCACAAAGAAUCAGUGGUGAGAAGAUAUUCUCUUUCACAGAUUAUAGGCUAGCUUAUUAUUAUUAUUAUUAUUAUUAUUAUC